AUGGAAAGCUUAGAACAUGAAUUUAAAAAACUUGAUGUGAGUCGACCAAACCAAAGGGAGGACGAAUCAAAAUCACCAGAAUCUUCUAAUGAAAAUGCCGCGGCAGCUGCCGAGUCCCUGUUGCCUUUAGAUCACUUCAUACAAGACCUGGAUGAACGAAAAGGAAAACUACCGUGCGGUUGUCAAGAAGUGACUGACAUUCAGACCAGUGUUGAAAAUUUUCUUAAAGCUCUUCUUUUGGAAAUAGAGAAAGACCUUCCUUUCUUCAAAACAACACUUAUAAACAGUGGAAGCUUUUACGAGGGAACGAAAGUCGGAAAACCCGACGAGUUCGACUAUUUUGUACAGUUGGAUAACUUCUCUCAAGACAUUCGCUCUGAGGAAUUAAAACAUGGUAUGGUGGCAGUGAUUCCAAGCGAAUCAGCUUUCCAAAAGCUUUCAAAGGUAAAUCAUAACCUUCAUUCUUUUGACUGGAAAGAAAAUAUUAAGUCGCCGUUUGUCGAAGCAUUGGACAGCAAGUUAGUCAAGGGAUUUGAAGCGUUCGGUCUGAAAGUCCUUUCAGAAGCAACGAGUAGACAUGGGCCUGCUUAUACUUUAGACCUCAAAUGGACUGGAGGGGAACUAUUCAAAGGAUUGAACAUCGCUGUUGAUUUGGUUUUAGCAGUGAAGAUUAACUCUAAUUCUUCAACCAUGAAAGUAGACUUUGAAUCUCAAGCAGGACGCGUUGUGACGUCAUUGUUAGAUACUUUACCAUACUACUUCGCAGUGAGCGGAUACAAGGAAUACCCAGUUUCAUCAUCAUCAAACUUGUUCAAGGAAUUUAAGGAAGAGCAGGAAAAAAGAAGCUUGGGAUUUCUAGUAUCUGAAUCAAAAAUCAGCCUCAGAAUCAGCCUGAAAGAAUUUCAUUGCCUGUUAUGUAUUUCUCAGUCAUCCCUCGAACAGUCACUUUUCCGUGACCAUUUUGGUCCUGAUGAUGGGCCAAGUGUUUGUCUCAGAGUGCUCAAGGUGUUGCGUGACAUGACUCGUCCAUUUGAUCAGUUUCAGUAUUGCUUAUCGCUAUACAUCUUUGAUAAAGGAAAAUCCAUUGUCAAGAACGUACUGGAAUUUAUUGAUAUUUAUAAUUUUGUCAGGCAUACAAAACUGCACUCUCCGUGUGGUGUUACAGAACCAGAUAUGGACAGUUCCAAAUAUAUUUCAUCAUACACCCUCAAAACUCUUACUUUGUUUGAAUGGAGUAAAAACCCAGAAGAAAAACAGUGGACUGGGAGCAACCUCACUCAACGUAUUGUGAACAUAUUUACUGGUCUUCUUGGUUUGUUAAAGCAGAAUGAAGGGAUAAGAAGCUUUUGGUAUGAAGACUAUAAUGUUCUCCCAGCUGAUGGUGAAUCAGAUAUUCUCUUGUCUGAUGCCAUCAACAGGGUGACCAUCAUUCUUAAAUGUAUAUCAUCCUUAAGAAAUGCCAGCAAAUAUUGCUUCAAGAAUUGUGUUCAUACUCUUAAAAAUUUGCUGAAGUUAGCACGCCGUAAGACGAAACUGACAAGAUUCUUGCACAGUUCACUGGAACGUAUUUUUGGUGAUAAGAUUAGAGAGGUUCUGGAAGAAUCCAUCGGCAAGACAAAAAAGAAAGGAAGUCCUCCUAUUCCAAAAGGUCCUAGGUGGAAAGCGGAUUCCGCAAUUGUUGAUGUUGACUUUUUUGCGGACCCCUCCGUUUUCUGUGGUAUCUACAUUCGAGCUCCUAUUGAAAAACUAGCGCCGGAGGAGGAUUUUCAAAUUCUUAGUUAUUACUUUCAAAGCAAGGACUACAGGAUAUUUGUGUCAGGUACUGAUAGUUUUACAAAGGAAGAAGCUGAGGAGAUUGUAAAGAAUUCAAGGCAUCUCUUUGAGGAAAUUGCAUGUAACAGAAUGAACGAUCUUAAAACUUUCUUACCAGAUUACAGUCUCUGGUCACAGAAUUUUAAGCAUGACGAGGUAGCAGAUUUGUUGAAGUUGCUGAGGAAAAACUUUGAAAAAGACCUUGAAAUCUUGCGAAAUAAACUCAAAACUGAAAAAGUAUCGAGAAAGUCUGGCACUGGCGUGGAAACUUGA